GCAUACGUCACUAGAAAGCGCCCACUUCCGACGCAAAUUGCUUGGUUUGUUGUGAGGUGGUUGUGGCUAGCAGCCAAGCUACCUUCAAAAUGACAAAAUUACAAUUUCUAAAUGUCUUUUUGACUGAGCGUUUGAUGUUGGCUGCACAAGAGAUAUAUAAAGCGGUGGAAGACACAAUAUUAGAGUACCAGGAAGAAAUAAUCCGAGAAAAAAGGGAGAACGAUCAACUGAGACGCAAGCUUAUCGAGGCAGGGACUGAGACAUGGCCGGAAGGGCCAUCCUAUGAGUGUGAGGAGCAAGAAAGGGGAUUCAGUGAGGAGAAAGUGGAACCAGAACCUACAGAGACAACAGGAAAAGAAGCCUGCACAACUAAGGGGGGGAAGCCACUCCGUGUCCAGUCUCACACGUCAAUUGCUUCUACCAGAAAUGCUAACUAUGAUCCAAACUCUCCUCAGUCUACCUCACACCAUCUGCAAAGCCUCUCUCAAGAAGGGAGCAGGGACCUAGUGGCAAACUCGGCAUAUAAACAUGUCAAAACAGAGACUGAAGGACUGUCCUCAGCAACUCCCACUGACAGCCCAGGUGGCGAUACGAGUCUGAAUCUGGAUUGUUCUUCGGCUCAGAGUGACACCUGUGUAAGUAUGAUAGGUUUAGAAGGUGACAUUGGACUACUGUCUGGGUUUGAGGCCCUUCAGAUUCCUCACUCUGAGCAUUUUCUGCAAACACAUGACUCGUCGUUGCGAUGCACGGUGUGUGGGAAGUCCUGUAGACAUCUCGGCCACUUGAACGCCCAUGCACGUGUCCACACCAAAGAGAAGCCCUUUCUCUGCGGCCUGUGUGGUAAAGCAUUCAGCUCCUCUGGGAGACUGAAAGGCCAUCAGCGCAUUCACACGGGGGAGAAACCAUACCAGUGCCACUUCUGCCGGAAGCGGUUUAACCAAACAGCCCAUCUCAAAGUACACCUCAGGGUUCACACUGGAGAGAAACCCUUCAGCUGCCCCGUGUGUGGGAAGAGCUUCAGCCAGUCCAACAAAGUGAAACGUCACCUCGUAACUCACUCCAGGGACAGGACGUAGCUUCUUUAUUUGCAAAGAGGGUCACUUUAUAAAGUGAUACACUUUAUACAUAUGUAUGCUCAAUGUUUUUCUUUGCUGAUCAGGAACAUUUUUUGUCAAAUAAAUUAGGCCCCCAAAAAAAGAGAUGUGGUUAGUGGAGUAUUUAUUGUGCAUGAGGGGAUGACAUCACCUCUCAUGAGUGAGUUGCUGUGGGUGGACUAGCUGGUUGUUGUAAACAGAAUGUUUGUUUUUGGCACGGUCCUUUAUCAUGGUUUAUAUUUUUUUAAAUAAAUGCUGAAAUUGAGCAAACGUGUUUUUAUUUUUUGGUUGCUUGAAUGGAUUAAUGGUUGGUGAAGUGCAGCUACCCAAAAGAUUUUGUUUACAAUUUUUGAUUAUAUACAGACAUGCUCAAAUUUGUUGGUACCCUUACAGCUCACUGAA